AAGAUGUCGCACAGAGGCCACAUUCCAAAAGAUCGUCGCACAACAAUAAAAUCUGUGACGACAUGAAUCAAAGUCGAAACUCUGUGGGCGUGAUUUUCCCACCGUUUCGGCGCGUGCCGAGAUAAGAUUCCAUUCACGAAUGGCAUGAUUGACAGCUCCGGUAAACAGGUCCCACUAAAAUUGGCCCACGGACUUCAUUGUCAAGCGUGGUACCCGGAUGAAAGUGCGCGCUCCUGAUUGGCCGAAAGUUGAGCGCUGCGAUUUGUUGGAUCUUUGAGACAGUGGCGGCAUGCGGUGUAUAGUCCAUGAUUUUGGAAAGGGGGAUUAUUUCGUGUUAGGAACUCCAGAUGGGCGCAUGAGAGUGGAUUGAUCAGUUUGGACUAGAUUAAAAGCAACAGGUCCGAGGACUUUUAUACAGUUAGUGUGUGACUUUAAGGAUUAUUAUGAUGGAAGAGAUUAUGGAGAUGUUGCAGGGGGACAAGAUGGAGAAAGUGUCCACGUCAAGUUCUGAGGCAAGGAAGAGCUCAAAACCGAUAAUGGAAAAACGACGGCGCGCAAGAAUCAAUGCAAGUUUGUCAGAACUUAAGUCAUUGUUACUCGAAGUCAUGAAGAAAGAAGCGGGAAUGGGUUCAAGACAUUCCAAGAUGGAAAAGGCAGACAUCCUUGAAAUGACUGUCAAGCAUUUACGACAGAUUCAAAGACAUCAAUUUGCAGCUGCAGCCUCGUCCGACCCUUCUGUCCUCAACAAGUACCAGAUGGGAUUCAACGAAUGCGCAAACGAGGUCAUCCGAUACCUUAGCUCCAUAGAGGGAGCCGACGUCGAAGUCAGAGCGAGGCUCCUUGGUCAUUUAGCCAACUGCAUCACGGGAGUCGCAAAUGCUAGUACGGCUGCGCAGAACGCUGUCGCCAUGGUUACGCAACAACCACCUGUUCAGAACAAUCCUCACAUGAGGCCAGCGCCACUGAAAGUCAUGAAUCAAAACUCUGGGAACAUUCCUCUGGCGCCGAAAAUGCCAAUCUCGCCGCAGACGACGGAAAUAAAUAACAAUACGAUUUCGUCAGUACAUACGUCCCCAAUUGUGUCACAGCCUGCCCCGGUCCCAAAUAUGAACUCAAACAGGAAUUUAGUUCCCUCACCUCCAACGCCGAGAGUUCAAAUCAUGCCCAGCAAACUGCCAUCCGGAGAACUUGCCUUCGUCAUCCCCGGGAACAUUCUACAGCAGGGGCAGAUGCCCAGUUACGUCAUCCCUGUUUACACUGGCAAUAUGAACCAAAAUGUGACGUCAGUGUCUUCACCACCUUCAUCAACAAUGUCAACAGCCUCAGUUUCACCACGCCAUUCCUCACCAAUGCAAUCCGGGUCACCCACCUCGUCAUCAAUGUCUGGCCAAUCACCUGCCGCAACGUCAUCCUUCUCGGGGUCACCCGGGUCAGAUCAUACAGUGUCGCCCUCUACAAGUUCAUUUUCGCCAUCCACGCCCGUGACAAGUCGUAAUAAGCAACUUGAAGAGAGUCCCAUGCACCAUCAGCUACUGCAUCUGAACAAUAAUCCUUUGAACAUUAAAGAGGAGGAUGUGUGGCGGCCUUGGUAGGAAUCGAACUCUUCACAUACCCUCCGUCUUUCUGGUGCUAAUAGAAUAGUGUUGCUUACUUUGUAAAAAGACUUCAUAUUUCGGUUCUGUGUUUUGAAUGUACGCAUUGUGAACCCCUUCUAGGGGAGGCUAGUUUUCGUCAAAGAGAUGGUCUCGGUAUUUCUCUAGCAUCUGAGAAAACUGACUUCGGUAUUGACAAACGGUCGACUAUAGCUAUUUCUAAAAACGUGUAGAUGGCCGCUUUCUGGUCGUGCAUGAAACUGUGGUUGAAAUUAUUUUCGAUAAUUAGACAGUGGAUGUUGACAGUAUGUUAUUGUUGUCAAUUGAUAGAGACUGCACGGGAUAAGAUUCUGAGAUCACUUAUGAGAUGGAAGUCAAAUGCUCUAUUUCCCACGAUAUCAAAAACUAACAACUAUCAUUGCAAUCACAAUCGUCAAUUUUAGCGUUUAUGAUGAGCCACUUUUAUAAUUUUUUUUGCUUCAAUAUUUCAAUCGUGUACAUUUCUAUUUGUAAGGUGUCUUUCCAUUACUCGUACGUCGAGAAUACGAAUUGUACUGACUGACCCUGCACUCGGAUAGGAAACAUUUGAACCGAAUGUCCAGGAUAAAAAUUACUUAUAAUAUUGAGCUAUGGGUAUCAUCGUAACAAUAUCCUUGCCUAAAUGCGAGCAGAGAACAAAAAACAAAUAGUUAAGCUCAUUUCGAGAACAAUGUUCUUAGGUUAAGCACUUUGUUCAGACACAAUCUCUAUUUUCGUGUUAUCUGGUUGUAUAUGAAAAAUAUAUGCAAAUAUUGUAUGUUAUGUAGUGCGUUUUCACUUAAGUAGACCAAAGGAUGUGUGCAUUUUGUCGUCAUUAUUCACAUGUUAUUGGGUCUACUUGGGAGGAACAGAACUUCAACUGUGUCUCAUCUGAAAUUGAAACGAAAUUUCUGUACAUUAUGUGUGUUUGCGAAUGUGUUUUUUUGUUCUAGUUGGACUGGAAUAGAAAUCCCAAUGUCUUUCAAGGUGCAAUCUUAAAUAUUGUAGCCUCCUCCAGGCCUGCGGCCGAAGUACUUAAAAAUAUAAUGUAAGUUCCAUCCUGAAGUUGACCACAAUACUGUAAUGCAUUUUCUGUAUAGAUGUAUAUGAAAUGCACUGCAACGCUUGUGUAAAAUUGCAUGGAACGGAAAUAGUGAUGGAUAGAAUUAGCGUAGGUUUAGUUUUAGGCCUUAUGCCUCUAGUAAUCAGGGGUUACUUCGUGCAUUCUUGGUGGACAUGUUUUCAAAAUGCUGUCCUCAACAAUUUUGAUUCUUUUCUCUUUAAUAUUCCUGUCAUAAAGCAACAUUACAAUACAUUUCGGAGAAUUACUCUAGCUUCACUGAUCUAAGACCGUUUCUAAAUUUUCAGGAAACAGGAGAUAUUAAGCACAUGGUCGUACAAUGCCAUUCAAACUGUCCGAUUGACUAACGGUGGGUUGGCAAACACUUGUUCCCUAGUGACCAUGACCUCUUGUUGCGGCUUGGCUGUACUAAUAGUAAUUGACUGAAAUGGUCUUAGAUGGUUGAAACUAGAGAACGAUGCAAGAAACGAGGCACUACAAUCACUUUUUUCAGUGUCGAAUGCAGAAUGCAUUAGUUACACUGUAAACGGGGCGCCCUAAGUUGUCUCGUCGAGCAAUCCGUAUCCACGACCAUUAGUUUCACGGCCAUGCAGGAGCCAAUACAUUUUUAACGACAGCAACAAGACAAGGCGCUCAAUUUCAAAGUGUUUGUUCCUUCAUACCCAGUAAACAACAUGUCAUUAUUCCAAGGAAAUGUUGCAAUAGAGAUUUUGUAGGAUUUAGGGUGGGGAAUGUGCACCUCAUAAUGGACAGGCCUGAAUCUCUGCGUCCGAAAUGCCUACUGAAUCGCAUGAAAAAAUGCAAAAAAAUGGAUAUUCUUAACUUUUCUUUUUAAGUGUUCACCAUGGAUCCUGUCGACCCGCUUAUACUAAAACCUUCUUCCUGUACAGUCCUUUUUCAAAACGUUGUUUGUGAUUGGACGUGGUUGAGGUGGUGUAAGUGUAGUGUAUGUGUAGUGUAUAUUGAAUGACUCAAUGCAAACCUGAUGCCGUUUGUGUCUUAAUGAAAAUGUGAUGGAUGUAUGACUGUGUGAGUGAGCAAGGGUAAUAGCAUAUCUUUAAUUCAAAGCUGCGGCAAACUACUUAAAAGGUGUAAAUACGUACUGUUGGUCAGAUAUCUCGCCAGUUUAGUCUUUCAGUAGUGUUUAUAUUGUAAAUAGAAUCGCAAAUGAAAUAAAAAUUGUUAUUAGUUAA